AUGUCUUCCAACGAGUCUCUACCGUUAUCCUUCCUAGAUCUGGUCAAGAAGUGUGACAACUAUCGCGUCCCGGCUCCAGGGUCUGCCGCUCUACCUAGACCUCUGUCCUUCUGCCUCACGUCAGACGGUAACACAUUGGGUCUACUACACCCGCCAGUCGUCGACGCGCUACUCGAACACAAUGCACACCAGCGAUCUCAAUCAUUGCCCGAACACUGGGUGGUCGAACUACAGAAUCAUCGUGUAUUCUUCACUUCGACGCUUACAACGCCUUCUGCGCGUACAAGAGCGAUGAAUGAUACCACGACCUGGUGGCGCGACUCCGGCCGUUUCCCAGGCGUCAUCUCCCCGCGAUUGUGGCGCGGAGAGUGGUACGCGAUAUAUGCGGACCCUUUCGGUCCUAUCUCUCUCGCUGGAGGAGACCCUCUCUCAGAAGAUGAUCUCGAUACGAACUCGAACUAUGUCUUUUCAAUGGAACGUGCAUCCUGCGCACUCUUUGGCGUUGUUACGUACGGCGUGCAUAUGACGGUUUAUGAACAAGACGACGACGGUGCCAUCCGCGUCUGGGUCCCAAGACGAUCUGCGACGAAACAAACCUGGCCCGGGCUGUUGGACAACUCGAUUGCAGGUGGCAUACCAGCACGCAGCUCACCUGGGUGGUCGAUGGCCAAGGAAGCGAUGGAAGAAGGCUCAAUCCCCGAAGCUACCUUCGAGAAAUAUGCGAAGGCAGUUGGCGUGAUCUCCUACUUCUUCCAAACCUCGGCCGGGUGGCUACAGCCCGAGGUUGAGUACGUUUACGACAUGCGCGUGCCUAGUUCAGAGAGUUUGAAGUUAAGCCCGGGGGACAAUGAAGUAGAGACAUUCAAGCUCCUGCCUUUGGACGACGUUUUCGAGCUGCUUCAUGCGGGCGAGUUCAAACCCAAUUGUGCACUAGUCCUGAUCGACUUCCUCAUACGUCUUGGUAAAAUCACGCCGGAUAACGAGCCUCAUUACCUGGACAUACAGACGAGGAUGCACUCGCGAUUUGAGCACUCGUCAUGGUGA